UUCCCUUAUCCACAGUGUUUGAGGCCUCCCAGCACCAUCGGCCCCUCAAAUGCUCUCUGGUGAGCUCAGCAUCAAGGCGCAGCACUGACACUGAAUGUCAUUUGGAUUUCCUGUCAAUUUUUGAUAUUCAUGCAACAGCUUGAUCUCGUGAAGUGAGGACAAUGAGCCGCUUUGAAGGUCUGAGGGCCGACUCUUCUCUCUUCACCCUGGAUGGAGCGCCCUUCCGCAUCCUGGGAGGAUCCAUCCAUUACUUCCGUGUUCCCAGACCGUACUGGAAGGACCGGCUGCUGAAGAUGAAGGCCUGCGGCCUCAACACUCUCACAACAUAUGUGCCGUGGAACCUGCAUGAACCCGAGAGAGGAACAUUCAACUUUCAGGAUCAACUGGACCUCACGGCCUAUAUCGGUUUGGCAGCAGAGCUGGGUCUCUGGGUGAUCCUGCGUCCUGGACCUUACAUCUGUGCUGAAUGGGACUUGGGUGGGUUGCCCAGCUGGUUAUUGCAAGACAAAGACAUGCAGCUAAGGACAACUUAUCCUGGUUUUGUUAAUGCUGUCAACUCAUACUUUGACAAGCUUAUCUCUGUCGUCGAACCUCUGAUGUUUCAAGACGGAGGCCCAGUCAUUGCAGUCCAGGUUGAGAACGAGUAUGGAUCAUACGCUAAAGAUGAGAAAUACAUGACAUUUAUACAGAAUUGUCUCCAAUCCAGAGGGAUCAAUGAGCUGCUGCUGACUUCAGAUAAUUGGGAGGGCUUGAGAUAUGGAGGGGUUGAGGGAGCUCUAAAAACAAUAAAUCUUCAAAGACUGACAUUUGGAGCUAUCCAGCACCUCGCUGACAUGCAGCCCCAGAAGCCUCUAAUGGUGAUGGAGUACUGGUCUGGAUGGUUUGAUGUUUGGGGAGAUUAUCAUCAUGUUUUCCACGCAGAGGACAUGCUAGCCGUGGUGUCCGAAAUCUUGGAGAGAGGUGUGUCCAUUAACUUGUACAUGUUUCAUGGGGGAACCAGCUUUGGCUUCAUGAAUGGAGCGAUGGACUUCGGCACCUACAAACCUCAGGUCACGAGUUAUGAUUAUGAUGCUCCGCUAUCUGAGGCCGGCGACUGCACCACAAAAUAUCAAAUGUUGAGGGAUCUAUUCAGCCAGUACCACAAAGAGCCUCUUCCCGACGUACCAGCUCCUCAGGAGAGGAGAGCUUAUGAGCCUGUUUUCAUGCAGCAGCACCUAUCCCUGUGGGACAGCUUGCACUUCACCGACAAGCCAUACAGGUCACAGAGCCCAGUGAACAUGGAAAACCUCCCAGUCAACAACAACAACGGUCAAUCAUAUGGUUACACACUGUAUGAAACCACCAUCACCAGUGGAGGAACCCUCAACUCCAUGAACAAUAUUCGAGACAGGGCACUGGUUUUCGUGGAUAGACAGUUUGUUGGUUGUUUGGAUUACAAGACUCGCGAGGUUGCACUCCCAGAUGCCGAGGGAGAGAGGACAUUGGGCUUACUUGUGGACAACUGUGGAAGAGUGAACUAUGGGAAAGCUCUUGAUGAACAGCGCAAAGGUAUUGUGGGAGACCUUGUGUUGAAUCACUCCCCCCUGAGAGGAUUCACCAUCUUCUGUUUGGAUCUGAAGCCAAACUUUAUUAGGAGGUUAAUGGGUUCAGGCCAGUGGAAAACUGACUUCAGGUCACUGUCAGCGCCGGCGUUUCUUCAGGCCAAGCUCAUCGUGGAUGGUCCACCCAGCGACACCUUCAUCAGACUCCCUGGUUGGGGUAAAGGUGUCGUAUUCGUCAAUGGACAGAACCUGGGUCGCUACUGGUCCAUCGGCCCCCAGCAUUUCCUCUAUCUUCCAGGACCCUGGCUCAAAAGUGGAGAGAACCAGAUCGUUGUUUUUGAAGAACAAAGAGUGGACAACAAACUACUAUUUGCCGAAAAUCCGGAUCAUGGAAAGACUAUUGAUGUUUACAAACUCCCCUUUUGCUCACUUCUGUGACAACACAAAGUUUUUCAUGCACAAAAAUACAGCUAUGCAUGUUAGUGGAUAAUUCAUCGGCACAAAUAAAGUUAUAAAUAAAUCAGGGCUGCCACGUUUCAGAACAUGACAAGAGUGAGACUUUAGUGCCAUGAUGCCAAAAAGAUUGUCCUUUUUUAACACCAAUUUGGCCUGUUUUAACGUUGAUUUAUACCUUAAAACUGAUGUCCUCACCUGCAUGACAGCUGCUCUCCCUGCACCGUGGCCUCCUAAUGCUAGUCCUGAUUAACUAGAAAUUAGAAAUGAAAAUUGUAACAAGAAUUUUGACAAAAUACAUUAAUUUGUCAAAAUAUCAUUUCAUUUCUCCACCAUCUGGCUGGGGGCAUGUCUAAUGUUGUACAGUAGAUGCUGGCUGCAGAUUUUGAUGCCUUGAUGACAGAGGCAGGAUUUUCAUUAGUUGUCAGUUAUAA